AUGGCCAUGCCCAAGCUGAGAGAAGUAAAGCCAAAGAGCCAAAGAGCAAAAGAGCAGAUGGCCGACACCUGCAGCAUCUGCCUGAGCAGAGGCCUGGGAGCUCCAUGUCGAACCCAGAGCAUACCCCAAAUCCCCCUUCCACGACGACACUCGCGGCUUUCAACUGCUGCUGGAAAUGGAAACGCCACUAGCUCAGACAUCAUCUUGCCUUCGACUGCCGACUGCUGCAAAGCAGAUUUUUGUACAGAUCUGUUGCUUUGCGGUUUGAGGUGCCAGAGUGUGGACCGCAAGUGGGGCACGAGGGUCUCUUAUCCCUAA